ACAAACGUGUUUUAUUGCAAACUCUAGAUUUCUCCUCCCUUACCUUGCAAUUUAAUGUCAUAAAACUGCACAGAUCACACUCAAAAGUCUUCUCGAUUGGUUGCAAGCCUCUAACUCAUAGAUGAACACAAAGAGUCAAUCUUUUUCUAAAGGUGUCCUGCACUUUAUUUUAAACUUCCUCCCUGCUAAUUGGGUACAAAGGUUGUGACCAAGUGCAGAAACAUUGCAACUUUCAUCUCUUUUUUUUCAAUCACAGGAAAAUAUGCAAGUACGAUUUUCCGGAGAAAAAUUAAGAAGAUUUUGAAUAUGAAGCUUGCUUGGCUCCUGAUACUGGUUGCAGUUCUUUUUCUUCAUCCAGUCAGUACCGAAUGCAGUGAUACUUCUCAAACUGUAAACUGUCAGGAAGUGGCAAAAAACCAUUCUUCUGUUCCUUCUAGACUAAACAAAGACAUUUCUGUGUUAUAUCUUAGUUGCAACCAUAUUACUUUAAACAAGGAUGACAAAGAAAUACUUUGCCAGUACAAUAAUCUCACAGAACUGUAUUUGAACAACAACUCUAUUGUUGUUGUUUCUAAUUACAGCUUUGAAAAGCUUUUACAAUUAAAAAUUCUUGAUGUCAGUAAUAAUGAUAUCAAAACAGUUGAAAAAGCAGCAUUUGCUGGUUUAAAUGAAUUGCAGAUUCUGAAUCUACAAAAUAACAAAAUUACACAAUUAAAUUCUGAUAUAUUUGCAGCGCUAAACAAGCUGAAAGCCAUAAACUUACAAAACAAUGUUUUAAAAUAUUUUGAUGUUAAGGGAACAUUUCAUUCAAUAUGUAUUAAAUUAAAUGGAAAUAGGUGGACGUGUUCAUGUGAUCUUCUUAGUUUACAGCAUUGGCUGAAUAACUCUACUGUGAUAAUGGAAAAUGAGAACAGUACUAUAUGCCCUAUUCCAGUUACUCUGAAAAACUAUCCUAUCAAGACAACAAAUAUAUUAAAUUGUAAACAAAUUGGAACAUCUGGAACUCUGUCACCUUUUCCUUUUAUUAGUAAUAUUGAUGGCACAACAUAUAAUUAUACAAAUGAAUCAGCAUAUUCAGGUAUUCAGCCCAUUGGCAAAAGCUGGACUUUUUUGAUGGGUGUCCUAGUAGUUAUCCUCAGUACUACAACACUGAUUAUUAUUGCUAUCAAGUUUCCAACGUGGUAUCGUUAUUUAAAAAGCUAUAAUCACAGACGUCUCCAAGAAAAAGAGGAAUCUGAGAUGUUUGAAGAAACAUUCACACCUCAAUUAUGCAUGCCCCCACAAGCAUCUGAGCCUAAUGAAGAGUCUAUAGUUGUUUUUGAACAAUUCCAUCCGUAUGUUCCAGAAGAUGAUGGAUUUAUUGAAGACAAAUAUAUUGAUCCAUAAAUGUUCACCAUAUUGUAGACUGAAACUAUUUCUGUUAUUAGCACAAAGUUGUGCCAUUUGUUGUCCUAUACAUAGGACAAAAAUAUACACACAAUCUGUGUUGUUUGUCAUUAGUCAAUUUCAUGUGAUCUAAACUUAUUAAGAAAAACAUUACAACUCUGAUUUAACAGAUAUUGAUAUGAUGGAUUUCUAAUGCAAUGAAUUAAAUUUCUGUGGUAAUUUAUGGCAUUUGUUUUAUGAUGUGUAUGUUAUCUGUAUUUAUGUACAUAAUUAAUCUCUGAGAGAAUGGGCCUUUAAGAAAUAGGAAAUAUAAAUAAAAAAUUGUGUAAAUAGGAAUGCAUGCAACAAUACAAUACAAAAAUGUGGUUGUGAUCAUGGA